AUGGAUUCAGCUACAGACUACAAGCUACCAUCCCAAGACAUUUCAGACUCGUGGCUCUCCAAGCCACCACCUUCCUACAACCCGAAAGAUGCCAAGUACACUUCUCUAGGAUCAUACUUUCAGUAUUCGUAUCCCUCUGGGAGAACCGACGAGGAGAAGCGCAAGAGGAUAUACAUUCUGUACCUCAAAGGGGAAGAUGGCCAAGUUGUCUUGAGAGAGAAGAUGUCGGAUGAUUAUCCCAGUUGUGAGAUGCAACAUCUCAUCCUGAUUUGCGAGAGAGAUUAUGCCAAGUGGAAACCCAUAUUUGAUGAAAUCCAUGAGACAGUUUUGACAAUUGCAAAAAUCGAAACCACCGGUCAUAUGCCCGACAAAUGGUCAGAAAUACCCACACCCGCUCUGUCCACGGCCGCUAUCUCCUUGAGCUCAACUUUGAGUUUGUGCAGGGAUGUCCGAAUGGCCAGAGAUGCCGAUGCGUGUCCUGCAUGUAUGAUCUUCAUCGACAAUGCCGCAGGAGAAGAGUGUUUGGAUUCACACCAUUGGCUUUUUACCGAAACGACGGCGGUGAAGAAGAGGAUCUUGUUCAACCUUGAACAGCUAGCUAAUCUGAUGGGUCGAGAAUUUCACAUUCAGAAAUCGGAAGAAGCCACAUCAGUCAAGAAGAAAGUAGAAGAACCCAACUUUGCAAAAGACAUUCCACAUUUGUUAUCUCCGAUCUACAGCUUGUUAUCUGUGGUGGUGGUCUGA